AUGGGCUCGGAGGGACGAACGCAGCCGCGCCGACCUCCUCCCACCUCCUCGCAGAGGCUCCGCCAGUUCCAGACUUCCCUCAGCGAUGAGGUCACCUCUCUGCUGCCCAGUGGCUACACCAGCCUGGGCGGGGAGAGGGGUGGGAGGUGGGAGGUGCCGCUGCUUCCGUGGCUGAGAGGAGCCGGCGGUGGCCGCGUCUGUGGUGGCCGCUGUUGCGGCGAGAGCGACCGUUUGUUUCAUCCUCCCCAGUCCCGCGGCUCCGCCCGCCCCACGCCUUCCGCUCGCGGCGACUUCUCUUGUGCCUCGCGCGCCCUGACUGGACGUGGAGUCCCUCGUGGGGAGAGCCGGAGCGGGGACCGCCGCGGAGCCGGGCCGGGAGGAGAGCCAGGCGUGAUCACAAGGUAUGGUUGGCAUGGAAUUGAAUUUCACCUGUUUGUGGGAAUUAUAAACAAGGUUGCCAUCACGAAAGCCAAAGUGGAUUUCUCCAGUGUAGUGUGCCUGCCCCCUUCCGUCAUUGCUGUGAGUGGGCUGGACGGAGGAGGGGCUGGCGAAAAUGAUGAUGAGCCAGUGCUGGUGUCCCUGUCUGCGGCACCCAGUCCCCAGAGCGAAGCUGUUGCCAAUGAACUGCAGGAGCUCUCCUUGCAGCCCGAGCUGACCCUGGGCCUCCGACCUGGCAGGAAUCCCAAUUUGCCUCCACUUAGUGAGAGGAAGAAUGUGCUGCAGUUGAAGCUCCAGCAGCGCCGGACGCGGGAAGAACUGGUCAGCCAAGGGAUCAUGCCGCCUUUGAAAAGCCCAGCUGCGUUUCAUGAGCAGAGAAGGAGCUUGGAGCGGGCCAGGACGGAAGACUAUCUGAAACGGAAGAUUCGAUCCCGGCCAGAGAGAUCGGAGCUGGUCAGGAUGCACAUUCUAGAAGAGACCUCGGCUGAGCCUUCCCUCCAGGCCAAACAGCUGAAGUUGAAAAGAGCCAGAUUGGCUGAUGACCUCAACGAGAAGAUUGCACAGAGGCCUGGUCCCAUGGAGCUGGUGGAGAAGAACAUCCUGCCUGUGGAGUCCAGCUUGAAAGAGGCUAUCAUAGUGGGCCAGGUGAAUUACCCCAAAGUGGCGGACAGUUCUUCCUUCGACGAGGACAGCAGCGAUGCCUUAUCCCCUGAACAGCCUGCCAGCCACGAGUCCCCGGGCUCAGUGCCGUCGCCGCUGGAAGCCCACGUCAGUGAGCCACUGCCCAGCGCCACCCCCGUAUCUGCCACUCAGGCUGUUUCUCAGCUCCCGGUGGGCCUGGAUUCUGGAGAAGCGCCCUUCCUGGCAGAGCAGCCGCCCCUGCCGCCCAACCUCACCAACGGGACUGCUGCCCCCGCCGCCAAGCCCUCCCCCGCGCUCAUCAAGCAAAGCCAACCCAAGUCGGCCAGCGAGAAGUCGCAGCGCAGCAAGAAAGCCAAGGAGCUGAAGCCAAAGGUGAAGAAGCUCAAGUACCACCAGUACAUCCCCCCGGACCAAAAGCAGGACAAGGGGGCCCCCCCCCUGGACUCCUCCUACGCCAAGAUCCUGCAGCAGCAGCAGCUCUUCCUGCAGCUGCAGAUCCUCAACCAGCAGCAGCAGCAGCACUACAACUACCAGGCCAUCCUGCCCGCCCCUCCAAAGCCAGCGGGUGAGGCUCUAGGGAGCAGCGGGGCAACCCCAGUGCGCAGCCUCUCCACCGCCAACAUCAGCUCCAGCUCGGGUGCCCCUGGGCCUGGUGGGCUGACGCGUCAGAACAGCGCCUCGCUUAGUGGCAAGCCAGGCGCCCUGCCUGCCAACCUGGACGAUAUGAAGGUGGCAGAGCUGAAGCAAGAGCUGAAGCUGCGGUCGCUGCCUGUCUCGGGCACCAAGACAGAGCUGAUAGAGCGCCUGCGCGCCUACCAAGACCAAAUCAGCCCCGCCGCAGGGGCACCCAAGGCCCCUGCUGCCACAUCCAUCCUGCCCAAGGCUGGCGAGGUGGUGGUCGCCUUCCCAGCAGCAAGGCUGAGCACCGGGCCUGCUCUGGUGGCGGCAGGCCUGGCUCCAGCAGAGGUGGUGGUGGCCACAGUGACCAGCAAUGGAGUGGUGAAGUUUGGCAGCACGGGCUCCACGCCGCCAGUGUCCCCCACGCCCUCAGAGCGCUCGCUGCUCAGCACGGGCGAUGAGAACUCCACUCCCGGGGAUGCCUUCGGUGAGAUGGUGACGUCACCUCUCACCCAGCUCACCCUGCAGACCUCGCCCCUGCAGAUCCUGGUGAAGGAGGAGGGCCCCCGGGCUGGGUCCUGCUGUCUGAGCCCCGGGGUGCGGGCAGAGCUGGAGGGGCGCGAUAAGGACCAGAUGCUGCAGGAGAAGGACAAGCAGAUCGAGGAGCUGACCCGCAUGCUCCGGCAGAAGCAGCAGCUGGUGGAGUGGCUCCGGCUGCAGCUGGAGCAGGAGAAGCGGGCCCAGCAGCCCGCCCCGGCCGCCGCCCCCGCUGCCCUGGGCGCCCCGGUGAAGCAGGAGAACAGCUUCCCCAGCUGUCCACUGAGCCAGCAGCCCCCGGGCCCUGCACUCCCCUUCAGCCCCAGUCUGGCCCCCCACCACCUCGUAGAUGCCUGUGCCCUGGCGCCCCCAGCCGUGGUAGUGAAGCAGGAAGCGGGGCUGCCUGAACCUGAGCUGGCCCCCAACCCCCAGCUACUCCUGGGCCCACCUGGCCCCAGCCACGUCAAGGGGAUCACACCUCCCACCCUCAUCACUGACUCCACUGGGACCCACCUUGUCCUCACCGUGACCAAUAAGAAUGCAGACAGCUCUGGCCUGCCCAGCGGGAGCCCCCAGCAGAGAGGCCAGCUGUCCCCUACCAAGGGGUCGUCGGCUGUCAGCCCCCUGCUGCUGCCACCCACUGAGCCCCGAUCCUCCACUCAGCCCGGCCCAGAGCCUGGGUCCCAGCCUGGGUCCCCAGCCCCCGGCCCACCUGCCCAGAUGGAUCUGGAGCCCCCACCACUGCCGCUCUUUGGGACACCGGCUUCUUUGCUGAAGAAGGAGCCACCUGGCUAUGAGGAGGCUGUGAGCCAGCAGCCCCGGCCGCAGGUGAAGAAGGAAAAUGGCUCCUCAAGCCAGCAGAUGGAUGACCUGUUCGAUAUUCUCAUUCAGAGUGGAGAAAUUUCAGCAGAUUUCAAGGAGCCAGAGAAAGAGAAGCCCUCGGCAACAGUUGCCUGUGGGUCGCCGCUGGCUGUGCAGACCCCACCCACUGCUGAGCAGCCACAAGCGGUUCUGGCCCCCUCAGGUUCCCCUGCACUCCCUGGGCGCCUGGAGGACUUCCUGGAGAGCAGCACUGGGCUGCCCCUGUUGACCGCCGGGCACGAGGGGUCCGAGUCCCUCUCGCUCAUUGAUGACCUCCAUAGCCAAAUGUUGAGCAGCUCAGCCAUCCUGGACCACCCUCCGUCUCCCAUGGACACCUCGGAAUUGCACUUUGCCUCUGAGCCUAGCAGCGUGGGCCUGGACCUCAGUGACAGCCACCUGGACAGCAUGGACUGGCUGGAGCUGUCUGGUGGUCCCGUUCUGAGCCUGGCUCCGCUCAGCACCACAGCCCCGAGCCUCUUCUCCACGGACUUCCUGGACGGCCACGACUUGCAGCUACACUGGGACUCCUGCUUGUAGCUUUCAGUCUACAGGGCCGGGGCAGGAGGACUGAAGUGCGGGGGGUGGGGGGGCCUCAGGAACUUGAGGGACCGUGACCGUCUCCUGCCUGACCCAGCCUCUCCGUGUGGUCGUGAGUCCUGACAAUCACGGGCCCUGCCUCUCCUUCCUUGGGGGCUGGAGUGGGGGUGUCCCUGCACCUGCUUAGGCUCAUUGAGGGCAACAGGCUGCUCUGAGCAGCUCUGGGUCCACCCUGGGGCUUUGGUGGCCUGGACAGGCCCGUGGGGGGGGCCAUUCUACUUGACCUCCUUUUGUGAGGUUGGAGGUGCCCUUAACUGCAUUUUUGGCUCAGACAGGAGAGGUCAGGGGCUAAGGGGGCAAAUCUUCCUUCCUCUCCCCACUUUCCUGCAAGUGGAGACACUGGGCCUUUAUCUCCCCAAGACACUGCUCCGCCAAGCUCCCUGGGUGGGGGCGUCCUGGCUCUGCAGAAUUGCUGCCAGGUGUGACUGUACAGUGUACAUACAUAUUCUAUAUCAUCGCCAUACAUCUAUAGAUACAACACUUAUAUUAUUGGGGAGCAGGAGGGGGAUGCAACUCCCUCCUGUCUGGCACAUGCAGAAGGGUCGAGAUGUGGAGUCCUCUGGCUGCCCCCACCUGUCUCGCUUCCUGCUCCUUACCAGUGCCACGAGGGCAGGGGUGCCACCUGCCCACAUUCCAUCCCACUGCCUUUUUGCAGCCACCAUGGCCCUGAGACAGGAAGGGCAAAGGUGGCUGCCUGGGGCCUCCCCUCCCUCCCGGCCGGUCACUGUCACUCGGGGAGGGGGGGGAGUGGGAAGGGGGGAAUUGUGUGUGUUUUUUUAAAAUAAAAUCACAAGCACCAUGUGUUGGCCCAUCCUGUCUGAUCCCUGGAGGGGUGGGUGGCUUAACAGCUGGGCACACGGUGGCCCCUCCCUGCCACUGGCCUGGCUGUGUAUCCUAGGCAAUUCCAGGAGCGGAACCUUGGACGUAGGCUGCGCAGUCCUGCUGGACAGGAGACAGGAAGUUCCCAGUCCUGGGAAAGGCUGAAGGCGAAGCAGCAGAGGACACUGGACACAAGCAGGGGAUGUGGUCAGGGGCGCUACC